AUGGGAAGGAUGCCAUGCUGUGAGAAGGUAGGGUUGAAGAAAGGACCAUGGACUCCAGAUGAAGACAAGAAGCUCCUCGACUACGUUCGAAAGCAUGGUCAUGGAAUUUGGCGUUCAGUGCCUGCCAAAGCGGGUCUUGAAAGAUGUGGAAAGAGUUGCAGAUUGAGGUGGAUUAACUAUCUCAAACCUGAUAUCAAAAGAGGAAACUUCAGCGCGGAGGAAGAACAUACCAUUAUUCAACUUCAUGCUCUUCUUGGAAACAAAUGGUCAAUCAUAGCAGCUCACCUGCCCCAAAGAACAGACAAUGAGAUCAAGAACUACUGGAAUUCCAACAUCAAGAAAAGACUCAUCAGAAUGGGCUUGGAUCCUAUUACCCACAAAACAAUAAAAAAGAACACGUUUGAAACCAGUGAUGUAUGCUAUGACAACCCAAAGGACACCAUCAAUGUUUGCCACGUGGCUCAAUGGGAGAGUGCUCGACAUGAAGCUGAAGUCAGAGGAUCUAUGGUGCAAGCUGGAUCGGGAUCCUCGUAUUUCUCUGGGCUAAUUCUAAGCAAAAUUCCAACUCAACCUUGUCUUUCAUCACAUUCAUUGUCAACCGAAAACAGCACAGCGUAUAAUAUGUAUGCCCUCGUGCUUGCCACAAAUCAUGAUUUUCGGUUACCUGUAUCCACUUCGAGCAUUCCCACGCUUCCUGCAGUUUCUAAUAUUCCACAAAUCACCAACACAGAAAGUUUAGUUUCAUACAAGGUUGAUAAUAAUGACAUGGGAGCUAGUAGCCAAAGUGAAACAGAAAUUGAAGGUUGUGUAUCAAACUUACAAGACGAUGACAUUAUGGUGGCUGUGGAAGCAUUUAGAAGAACAAGGUCUGAGAGUAUGAAAGAGCUGUUUAAUGAAUCCACUUCCAUGUAG